UAAUCUGCUUUCGUUGCAAAAAUGAUUGUGCAAACUGGUUUGGUUCAUCUGCUCGAUUAGCGGAGAGAAGCCAUGGCAAAAUACAGCUCCCCAUCUUAUUGGCUUCUUCGUUUCUAUGUCCCUCGAGGAGAGACCCUCUGGUUCUAUCUUGCCCUAGUCUCCGCCAUAUCUCUUCUUGGGCAAGAGCUCGCUCGAUGUUCUGCCCUCGCUUCUCCAGACCCAACCCACUUUGAAGGUUUUGGUGAAGAAGACGCCCUUGAAUCUGACUCGGAAGAAUUCGAAGAUGGCCCGAUCGAAAUCCUAAUUCCUCCUCCCACUGUUACUCAAUCGAACUUUGAGACCCACCAUGGCCCGCCGGAACCAAGCUCUCCAGAGCCCAAACCCAAACCCUCUUCUUCCUCCUUUGAAUACUGGGAUGAAGAUGAGUUUGAAGGCUUACCCAUUGAUCCCUCCCCGAGAACCGAAAAUCCAACUGAAAAUUCCUCUUCUCCGCCUGAAAUAACCCAACAAUCUCCAUCUCCCAAAACUUUGCCUUCUCGGUCCUUUCAUGUUGAAAUCAUAUGUGUGAGCUUCUUAAUCUCUUUCAUCAUAAAUUAUUUCACUGGUAAACGUGAAAAUGAGAACAUCGCGUUGGCUUGGGCUUCUUGUUUUGCUACCAAAGAUACGAUUUUUGAUAAAAAUUUCAGUUUGUUGGGCACUGGUGAUGGAAAAGACACACCUCUUUUAUUGAAAGAAGGCCAAAACAUCUUUAAAUUUUAUGCAAGUGGUCGAAGGUAUUGUCAAGGCCUUCUUGCUACUAUGGAGCUUCAGAGUCGGCAUGAUCUGUUAUCGAGGAUUUACAAUUUUGUGGUUCCAUGUAAAGAUGAGAUAACAUUCGAGGUGUAUAUGAAUGAUGAAAAUAUGGAUCAUGUGCUUUUUGCAAUGGCGAGAAAGAAGCUUGCCAAGGUGAUCCAUAAAGAGGUUAGGGAUCUGCAGAGAUAUGCAGGUUUGUUGUCGGUUCCGAUGAAUCGAAAGUGGGUUUCAGAGGAGUUGGCUGUGAUGAGUGAGUCUCGAGAGGUAGCUUCUGAUCUGAUCACUGAAGCUGUACUUGAUCAGGUUUUUGGUGAGAAAGCAUUUGAGAAAUUUGGAAAGGGGUUCAUUUCAUUUCAUUUUUCAGAUCAACAUGCUGGGUCUCACAGGAAGAUGCUUGUGUUCAAAUUUUCUCUCCCUAAUGCCAACAACAUGGCUGACAUGACACGGCUGGUGGCCCUUGUUCCAUAUUACAUUGAUCUUGUUGGACGCUACAAGCUCAGUUCUCAGGCUAGAUCGAAAACAGAGGCAGCUAGGGCAAAGGCAGCUCAAGAGAUUUAUAAAGAGCUCCAAAAUGUGAGGCAAGAAGCCAUCCAAAGGAAGAAGGCUGAGAGGAGGAAGCUCAUGGAGGAGGCAGAGGCAAAGCUCAGUGCAGAGGCACUUCGUAAGAAGGAAGAGAAGGAGAGGGCUCGCCAACUCAAGAAAACUAUGCCAAAGGUCAAGAUGACACGUGCUCAUUAGCCUUUCCCCAAACACAUGGAAAAUGUAGUUGGUAGUCUUGUAGACUUGUUAUCUCUCCCUCUCUCUCUCUCUCUAGCUUUUCAGAGUAGAUGCUUUAAGUCGAGCAUUCUCACCUGUUUUUUUCAGAGUUGAUGCUUGAGUUUUGGCAUUCUCACCUCUUUUUUUCUGUUCAGAGUUGAUGCUUGAGUUUUAGCAUUCUUACCUAUCUUAGAUUUAUCCUGUCUUUUCCCUGUAUCACGCCAAUUGUACUUUCGUAGGCUAAUGGGGCUACUGGACUAUUGCUUACUGAAACUUCGAGCAAUCAUUCUGUAACCGUAAGAGGGGAUUUUAUUCUGUGAAUCAAAACAUAAGUGAGUGGUCUUGAAAAGUUUACACUGCGAAUGCUUAAUAAUGAAACCUAUGGAUGUGUAAGCAUC